GGCUGGGGCCGUAAAGCUUUAAAAUAAAAAAAAAAAAAAAAAGUGCGUUGUUAUUGAAAAACGUUUUUGCAUGAUUUUUGGAAUAAUUAAAAAUGAAUAGUGAUGAUGAGAGUGAAGUUUAUCGUCUUGAGGGAUCAAGCUCCGAUGUGGGUGGCCUGGUAAUCAAGAAGGAGCAGAAGGAGAGUAAAUUCAAAGUACCAAAACCAUCGCUUCUGGGUUUGGAUAAAUUGGCAGCAGCUCGCCGGAAGGAGCGUGAAAAGGAAGCCGGUCGGUUGAUCUCCUUCAAAGACACUGAAUACGAUGAUGCUGAACCUACAACAUCCACUGGUGGUGGCUUUAAGACUCCCGAUCUUCGACAAUCGCAUGUUCUUAGCAGGAAGUAUCGCGAGGCAAAUGAUGAGACUCCAUCGCAUACAGGUGGAGUCACUGAUACAGCGCGGCAUCGAAUGCUAGAGCGGAUGGCUAGUAGCAAUGUGGGGCAUCGGAGUGGCGAGAAGGGCGUUUAUGCAUCAACGAAGGACCAGAAAAGGGAGCGCAGUGGAGAUCGAGAUCGCGAUAGGGAUCGUGGGAGAGAUCGUGAUAGAGAUCGCGAUAGGGGGAGGAAGAGAGAUCGAGAUUACGAUCGGGGAAGGAGUAGUCGAAGUGACAGAUACCGCGAAGGGAGAUCCUCGCAUUCAAGGGAUUCAACUCCACGUACCCCCCGUGAUUCAGGACGGUACUCAUUGUCAGUUUCAAGUUCAUCGUGGGAUGAUGAAGAUGAGCGUGUGCCGCUGAAGAAGUCUUCGUGGGAUUUCCCAACACCAAAAUCCUUGGAGGACAGAAGUGAGUGGUCAGAGAGGAGUAACCGUAGGCCAUGGUCAUCGAGGCAGAGACCUGAAAAUGAGACCCCUCGUGUAACUCCAGCACAUAAAUUCAAUAGCUGGGCAAAUGAUCGUCGGCGUUCUGGGGCUACUCCGGGUACCUCCAGAGAAGGCCUCACAUCGCAUCAUCAGCCGUGGAAUUCAGAGGAAGACAAAGAGAUGUGGGAAGAGGAGCAGAAGCGUCUCGAUCGAGAAUGGUACAAUAUCGAUGAAGGGUACGAUGAUGAGAAUAAUCCAUUCAGUGGCACAAAUUCCGACUACUUCCGGCGUCGCGAGGAGCAGCUUGAGCAGAAGCGCACGAAGAGAAUGUCAGCCCAGCAGAGGCAGAUUAACAAGGAUAACGAGCUGUGGGAGCGCAAUCGGAUGCUCACUUCGGGAGUCGUGAUGUCAAUUAAUGUUUCCGAGGACUACGACGAGGAAGCCAUUGAGAGAGUUCAUCUCCUUGUGCACCACAUUGUACCACCUUUCCUCGAUGGUAGGAUUGUCUUCACGAAGCAACCGGAACCGGUGAUUCCCGUGAAAGAUCCCACCAGUGAUAUGGCCCUCAUUGCACGCAAGGGUAGUGCCCUCGUUCGAAUCUUCCGCGAGCAGAAGGAACGUCGAAAGGCUCAGAAGAAGCACUGGGAGCUCGGUGGAACAAAAAUUGGCAACAUAAUGGGCAUACAGAAGCGAGCAGAUGAGGAAGAUGAGAAAUUCAAUGAAGAAACUGAUACGGCUGAUUACAAGAAGGGUCAAAAGUUCGCUGAGCACAUGAUGCAGGCGGAUAAUGAGAAGAAAAGUGAAUUUUCACGCAAGAAGACGAUCAAGGAGCAGAGAAACUACCUUCCGGUAUUUGCAGUUCGUCAGGAACUCCUCAAUGUUAUCCGGGAGAAUUCUAUUGUUAUAAUAGUGGGGGAAACUGGUAGUGGGAAGACUACGCAACUUACGCAGUAUCUCCAUGAGGAUGGAUACAGCAAAUUCGGGAUGAUUGGAUGUACACAACCCAGGCGAGUGGCAGCAAUGUCGGUGGCUAAGAGAGUUUCGGAUGAAAUGGGAACGAAAUUAGGUGAGGAAGUCGGCUACGCUAUAAGAUUCGAAGAUUGCACGUCGGAAAGUACGGUAAUCAAGUACAUGACUGAUGGUAUACUUUUGCGAGAGAGUCUACGAGAACCAGAUUUGGAUAACUAUUCUGCCAUAAUAAUGGACGAAGCGCACGAGAGAUCAUUGUCAACAGAUGUCCUUUUUGGCCUUCUCAGGGAGAUUGUCGCAAGAAGGCAUGAUCUUAAACUCAUUGUUACAUCAGCUACAAUGGAUUCAACGAAAUUUGCAACAUUCUUCGGGAAUGUACCAACAUUUACGAUUCCCGGAAGAACUUUUCCGGUUGAUACAUUCUUCAGUAAAAACACCUGCGAUGACUACGUGGAUGCAGCUGUAAAGCAAGCGCUGCAGAUUCAUCUUCAACCCACAGAGGGGGAUAUUCUAAUCUUUAUGCCUGGUCAAGAGGAUAUUGAAGUAACAUGUGAAGUUCUAGCUGAUCGUCUUGCGGAGAUUGACAAUGCUCCCCAACUGUCUAUUCUACCAAUUUACUCUCAGCUCCCAUCGGAUUUGCAGGCAAAGAUCUUCCAGAGAUCCCCAGAGGGACUGAGAAAAUGCGUUGUUGCCACGAAUAUUGCUGAAACCUCCCUAACCGUUGAUGGAAUAAUAUUUGUCAUUGAUUCCGGGUACUGCAAACUCAAGGUGUACAAUCCGCGAAUCGGUAUGGAUGCCCUGCAGAUUUAUCCAAUCUCCCAGGCGAAUGCCAAUCAGAGAUCAGGACGAGCUGGCCGUACGGGCCCUGGGCAGGCAUUCAGGUUGUACACAGAGCGUCAAUAUAAGGAUGAUCUACUACCACUUACAGUGCCGGAGAUUCAGAGAACAAAUCUGGCCAACACGGUGCUCCUACUCAAAUCACUGGGAGUCGUUGAUCUGCUUCAGUUCCACUUUAUGGAUCCACCACCGCAGGAUAAUAUCCUGAAUUCCCUCUAUCAACUGUGGAUCCUUGGGGCGCUGGAUCACACGGGAGGACUUACACCGCUGGGACGUCAAAUGGCUGAAUUCCCCCUUGAUCCGCCACAGUGUCAAAUGCUGAUUGUUUCCUGCCAAAUGGAAUGCAGUGCUGAAGUUCUUAUCAUUGUUUCAAUGCUCUCCGUCCCAUCAAUUUUCUAUCGUCCAAAAGGCAGAGAGGAAGAAGCUGAUGGUGUUCGAGAGAAGUUCCAGGUGCCUGAAUCGGAUCAUCUGACUUACCUGAAUGUCUACAAUCAAUGGAAGCAGAACAACUACUCAUCAAAUUGGGCUAAUGAGCAUUUUAUUCACAUCAAAGCUCUGCGAAAGGUGAGAGAAGUACGUCAGCAGCUUAAGGAUAUUUUAGUCCAGCAGAGACUUCCGGUGAAAUCUUGUGGAACAAAUUGGGAUAUAAUCCGCAAAUGCAUCUGUUCAGCUUACUUCUACCAGGCGGCAAGGCUCAAGGGGAUCGGGGAGUACGUCAACUUACGCACAGGGAUGCCUUGUCAUCUUCAUCCCACAUCAGCUCUUUAUGGUUUAGGCACAACCCCGGACUAUGUGGUGUACCAUGAGCUAGUAAUGACUGCCAAGGAGUACAUGCAGUGUGCUACGGCGGUAGAUGGACACUGGCUAGCGGAAUUGGGCCCGAUGUUCUUCUCCGUGAAGGAGACAGGAAGGAGCGGGCGGGAGAAGAAGCGCCAGGCAGCUGAGCACUUGCAAGAGAUGGAGGCACAAAUGCAAAAGGCCCAAAAGCAGAUGGAGGAUGAGAAACUUCAAGCAGCCCAGCGUGAAGAGGCCAUGAUCCCAAAGCAGGAAAUUCUUACGCCCGGAGGGGCAACCCCAAGGAGAACUCCAGCUCGUAUUGGUCUCUAGGCUUCGUAGUGAGGUAAUCUACUUGGGCACAUGCAAUACCCCAAGAGACAAGCCCAAUCACUUCCCCGUUGAGCACCAUUGGGCCACCAGAGUCCCCGUGGCAGGUAUCAAGACCUCCGUAGAAAGAUCCCGCGCAGAACAUUGAAUCAGUUAGAGGGUUAAUGUCUGCGAAUGUCUCCAUGCAGCGAUCUCUGUUAAGGAUAGGCAUGUGGGCUGCCUGGAGGAUAUCCGGAAUAGGGCCUUGAUACUGAAAAAAAUGUUUUUUUUUAUCUAAUGAAUUUUUGAUUUUAUUUUAUUAAUUUUAACCCUGAAUUGUUUGUAAUGAAGAAGUUUUUAUUUUCUUAAAAGAUUUUUAGAACUUUUUUAUGCGAAAA